AUGGACAAUUGCGCAGAUGUCACCGGGCUGUCGAGGUCUACAAAUGCGCAUCGAACUUGUCCAGCAUGCAACUCAUCGCUGCACAACCCCGACGAUGUGGUUGUCGCCGGUCUCAACCCAUCAGAAGACUACAAGACGUCGGUACUUAGCGGCUUGAGUCCAACAAUCAUCAUGGAGUGUGCCAGUCGCGGCCUGGCGUUCCAUAGCUAUCAGACGUCGCAGGAGAUUAUCUACCAGGAGCACCUCGCGAAAGGCUUGACUGGCAAGUACGAUACGCUCAGUCAACAGAUGGAUCAGCUCGUCCAUGAUGCGAAUUCGCAGAUCAAGGCGUUGCAAGACAAGAUGCAAGCCAUGCAAGCCGAACAGGAAAUUCUCGAGGGCAAAAACUAUGAACUUGCGAAAGCCUACAAACAGAAGACGAAAGCGCAGGCGCAGACCCAACUUCUCUACCAGCAAUUGAAAGGCAAUGUUAUGGCGACGCAGGUAGCUCAUGCUGCUGGUGAUGAGGCGGCGUACACGAUCCAGACUGCUCGUGGAGACCGGUUCAUCGACCGCCUUCCAGUCCUCGGUGGCUCACGCCAGCCCCCUCCAUAUUUGAGUCAGGAUGCGCAUUCCUCGUACCAAAACUCGCCGAUGACCAGGCAGCCUCUUGCCAGUGGUGCACGUGGUCUGGGUAACUUUAUGCUAGGCAAGUCGUCAAGGAGGACUGGUGGCACCGCCAAUACUGGUCCGCUAGGAAGAUGA